UUUGGAUAUAUCGAAUUCGGCUUGAGUUAACUGUUGAGUGAUGAGACCGUUCGCUUGUGUUUUGGUCAUUGCGGCCGCACUUAUUGCCUGUGGUCAGGCGCAUAAUGUGCAGAAACGUUCCUUGGGUGCCCUGCUAGGAGGCGGCGGCGGUGGCGGUAGUAGCGGCUGGAGCAGCGGUGGUGGUGGCGGCGGCGGUGCUGGCGGUCUCGGCGGCAUUGGCGCGCUGAUCCAACAGAAACUGGGCGGUUUGCUCGGAGGCGGUGGUGGUGGUGGCGGCAAAGGUGGCUGGAGCGGCGGCGGCGGUGGUGGCGGCCAUGGUGGCUGGAGCGGCGGCGGCGGCGGUGGCGGUCAUGGUGGCUGGAGCGGCGGCGGCGGUGGUGGCGGCCAUGGCGGCUGGAGCAGCGGCGGCGGUGGUGGCGGUCAUGGUGGCUGGAGCGGCGGCGGCGGUGGUCACGGUGGUGGUUACUCCGGCGGUCAUGGCGGCGGUCACAGUGGCGGCAGCAGCAAAGUCAUCAUCGUUAAAGUCGUGAAUGCCGGCAGCUCCGGUGGUAGCGGCGGUCACGGAGGCUGGUCCGGUGGCGGUAGCGGCGGUUAUGGCGGCGGCCAAGGAGGCUGGUCCAGCGGUGGCGGUAGCAGCGGCGGCUGGAGCAGCGGUGGCGGCGGCCAAGGCGGUUGGGGCGGCAACGGUGGUUGGUAAAUUAUCAAUCACACCAAGUCCCUUUAAACUCACCACACCAACAACAAAAAGUACACAGUUAAUUUAAGCUUUCAAAGCAAACAGGAAUUUCAUAGACUUAAGCAUCCUUCUAGACAUAGGCUCAUUCAUUUAAUGAAAACAGAAAAACAAAUAAU